ACGUCAAAACUAUCCGGAAGACGGCAGAGCGAACACUAGCAACCGGACUGCAGAGCCGAGAUAACUUUAGUGAUUUUAAAGCAAUAAAGCAGAGUGUCUUAAUUGUAUAGACGAGAAGAAACAGUUUCGUAUAGGUCAUAUCAGUUUUCUUUUUCGUCGGGACCAGCGUAGUGUUUCUGUGUUUAAGUCCAUGUUAAAUAUUGGUGAGCUGUAGGUCGUUUCACUGCACUUCGUCAUGGGGAAUGGCAUGAACAAGGUUGUUGAUGGGCUGUACCUCGGCAACAUAAGAGAUGCAGAGAACAGGGAAAGUCUGUCUCAAAAUGGCAUCACCCAUAUCCUGUCUGUGUACAACAAUGCUACACCCAUGUUUGAGGACAUGACCUACCUGUGUAUUCAUGCAGCGGAUGCGUCCAGCCAAAACCUGUUACAACAUUUUAAAGAAUGCAUCAGCUUCAUCCAUGAAUGUCGACUAAAUGGUGGAUCUUGUCUGGUUCACUGCCUUGCAGGUGUUUCCCGCAGCACAACCAUGGUAGUGGCCUACCUGAUGACUGUUACCCACUACAACUGGGAAGAGUGUCUUUCUGCCAUCAAGGCUGUUCGGUCCUUUGUUGGACCAAAUUAUGGCUUUCAGCAGCAACUACAGGAGUACCAGAGGAUGCAAGUCUCAGAGUACAGAGCAUGGCUACGAGCCAGUUUCCGGCCUAGUCCAUUUAAUGACCAGGAACAAGUGGGUGCCCUCCUGUGCCAGUAUACAGAGCAGCAGCAGCAGAGCCACAGAAGAGGAGCAGACCACCGCUGGAUCAGGGAGGAUGUAGGCAUCUGCAGUUUGCCAUGUGAUCCUGAUGAGAAUGAAGGCAGCAGCUAAACUGUGGACCACUGGUCACGCCCACUUUGUGUCCAGUGCCGUGAGGAGACAGGAGUAGCUGUUAUUCUGUACUAGAUUCCAUAUCAAUAGCAACUUGUAUUCACUUCACUUUUAAGGCCUUAAAUCUCCCAAAACAUAAGAUUUGCUCCAUGGUUUUCAAGCAGAUUGUUAUACAUAUAUAUAAGAUCCUUCAUUUGGUAGCACAAUGGAACCAAAGAGUACAGUGAUCACCCAUUACAAAAUACAGUGGAUUUAGUUGUCAAAGGGCCAGUUAAACAUACAGAACAAGACAUUGUCAAAAUUGAAUUGCAAAA